UUGUUAAUUUAUUGCUUUUAGAGAUUGAGGAACCUCGCGAGGAAAAAAUAAGCGAGGGGGAGCUGCGUAAGACUGUAGAGAGGAGGGGUAAAUAUAUGGAAAGUAAGCGCUAGGGAUGCGGUUUGGACAAGGUUAACUUAUUUAUAAAAGGUUUGAUAGUAAAUGUCUCUUCAGCUAGUUAUUUGACGUAUUUAUUAUUGGCAUGAGUUCAAUGUUAUUUUUAUUAAUGUGUUUUAUGUAGAAACAUCAUCGAAUGGACAGACUACCCACAUAGCGGCUGGCUCAAAGCACCGAGCGACACUAUCUUUCCGGAAGCAGGAAUUGAUAAACUGAAGAUCUAAUUCAGUACUUGUAAUUACUAAUUUACAGAUACAUAUAUAUUUAAAAAAAUAUCAAACUAUGUCGGAUAGCGAGCAGAGAUUUGUGUAGUAACCGAUGGGAAAUGUAGGGUAGCCUAAAAUAAAAAUCGCUUUAGUUUACGGGUAGAGUGACAAGGACGAGAGUGAGGAGAAAGAAAGGGGAGGGGAAAUGUCAUUAAAGCAACACAACAAGGAAACUACACUGCAGACACAGACGCCUUCAUUUUUUUGUUUUUGAAUAGCCUAAUAGAUAGCCAGCCAGUUUGUCGAAGUGUGUUCAUUGAAUCUAUUCUGAGCAUUGCUUUAAAGUGCUCUGAAAAGAAAACCUCUUGACGGAGUCGGAAAUAAAGCCGGUUUUGGACGCUUUCAGAGAAAUGGGCUCUGAGCCACCCUCAUCUCCACAGGUGGUGGAGGAGGGAGGAGAGGAAGAGGAGGAGGAGCUUAGUGGAGGAGAGGAGUCAGAAUUGAGGACCCCCUCUGGGCGUGGCUCACUGCUGACAAGGAGAGGCAUCACCCUGAGAGUGCUGCUGAAGGACGGCCUGGUGGAGCCUGGAGACGGCGUUCUCACCAUACACUACCUGGGUAAAAAGUUUGUAGGCGACCUGUUGAAUGACGGGAAGAUCCGCUGGGUGGAAACAGGGCAGAUAUUCAACUCUCCCAGUGCCUGGGCCACGCACUGCAAACGCCUGGUCAAUCCUGCCAAGAAGUCAGGCUGUGGAUGGGCCUCGGUGCGAUACCGGGGCCAGAAACUAGUGCAGUACAAGACCAGUUGGCUGCACAAGUACCAGCCCAGCGCAGACAUGAGCUUGGUGAGCGAGGGAGAGGAUGACGAACUGGGAGAUGAGGAGGAGGAAGAGGGGAAGACGGCAGUGACGACAGAUGACCGGAACAAAAAGAACAAACCAGAGCUGCAUGAUGUCAGCCUAGUCCCAAGAAGAGGCGACAGAGAGAGGAUCCCCGUUAGAUACUGCACUCUGGGUCCUCGGGAUGCUGCACGGGAUCCACACACGUUGGUGGAGUUAUCGGCUUUCUCAGCCAUCAACAGAUUUCAGCCCUUCAAUGUGGCGGUAUCUAGCAAUGUGCUGCUUCUCAUGGAUUUCCAUUGUCAUCUCACCACCAGUGAGGUGGUGGGCUACCUGGGAGGACGAUGGGACACCAACACACAACUCCUGACAGUUUUAAGAGCAUUUCCCUGUCGCACGCGAUUGGCAGACAGAGAUUCUGCCUCUGCUGUUGAGGAAGAGAUCUGCCAGAAUCUGUUCAUGCGAGGGCUGUCAUUAGUGGGCUGGUAUCACAGUCACCCUCGAGGCCCCGCCCUGCCAUCCCUGCAGGACAUCGACUCCCAGAUGGACCACCAGCUGAGGCUGCAGGGGAGCAGCAACGGCUUCCAGCCCUGCCUAGGCAUCAUCUGCGGCCCUUAUUACCACGGGAACCAAGGUGUGGCGUCCACUAUAACGCCCUUCUGGGUAGUCCCACCGCCUGAGCAAAGGCCCAAUGACUACGGCAUCCCGGUGGCGGUGGAGGUGACCUAUGUACAAGACAACUUCCUGACCAGCGAUGUCCUCAAUGAGAUGAUGCUGCUGGUGGACUUCUACAAAGCAGCCCCUGACUUGGUGCAGUUCCAUCAGUUCUGGUGUCCUGACACCACCAUGAUGGACAAAAUCAAGGGCUCUUUGAGUGGCCAUGCCCCCAAAGACCAGGCCUACUGUCAGAUCCUGGAGCACGUCUACAACCAGCUCCUCAACACACACUGACCUCGAAUGACACCCUGAUCCCUAGAUAGUGCACUCAUUUAGACCAGAGCCAGGUGGCACCCUGUUCCCUAGAUAGUGCACUCAUUUAGACCAGAGCCAGGUGGCACCCUGUUCCCUAGAUAGUGCACUCAUUUAGACCAGAGCCAGGUGGCACCCUGAUCCCCAUGUAGGGCAUUACUUCUGUAGGUCUCCAUACAGGGAAUAGGCACCCUGAGGAGCCUCUCUGAUGUCACCAACCUAAAUGAAUGGUUUGCAACUGAAGCAAAACAGAAUGAAAGCUUGCAAGACUUUAGGUGCAUAAGGCUUAGAUAGUAGGCUCCACACAAAUGUUGGUUGUCAUUGGUGUCCUUCGUCUAAGUGCUAUAACUGCUGCCCUGGCUUCAGACAUACUGCUGAACAUGCACUGCCCUGACCGGGGGAAUGCCCAGGGGGUGAGUGAACAGCUCUCCAUGGCCUUUUCUGUUGACGAAAUCAACAUCAGACUGAUGCUUUUACAGUAUAUGACCGGGUUAGUGCUGUAAAUGUGUCCCAUACUGUCUGCUGCCAGUGUCUGACGUCAGACUGUUGUUGAAGUGGACUUGGAAAUUCGUCCAGUUCUAUUACCUGUGGUAUAUUUAUCCAAACUGUGGUCUGUGACAUGUGGAAGUACUGAUGUGAAAACAAAUGCCUUGAACCUGCUGAAACGUAAUGUUAGCUAAUACAUUAAACACACUGGAACUA